AUGUCAGCAGCGUUCACUGAAGAGGAGAAGGCGGUGGACGACGCGCUGGGCUACCCCAAGGCCCACGCCAGGCUCUGCCGCAGCGGCGGAGGGGCGGUCGGCCUGCCCUACAGCCACGGCCCGCCGCACGCAUUCCUCCCCUACGUCCUCCAGCCGCACGAGGCGCUGCGGGCCAAGGACCUGAACGAGAUGUUCCCGGUGACGGACGCGGAGGCGCCGCCCACCGCCAACCCCCGUGGAUUCUCCAACCUCCUCUGGAAGCAGCUCGACCACCUCGGGAAUGCGGGGUUCGAUCCGGCGCUCUUCCGGGUGGACGCGUACGGGAACGUGCUCUACUUGCACGCCGACUCCGCCUCGCCCCUCGCCUGGGACAUCGACCACUGGUUCCCCUGCGCCAGGGGAGGGAAGACGGUGCCGAGCAAUCUGCGGAUAGUGCAGUGGCAGGUGUGCAGGAAGAAGCAGAACAAGCUAGAGUUCCUCAUGCCGUGGUGGGAUCUGCAGCUCGGCGUCUCUGUCAAUCAGUUCCUGUCCAUCUUCGCCUCCAAGAACUCCGACUUCAGAAACAGAGCAUUCGCGUUCUUGUUCACCCAUGGUGCCAGCGAGGAGCUGAGCUCGCUGCAGGUGGUGGAGGCGCACGCGUUCCCGCAGCACUUCUCUGAGAUGAAAACGAAAGUAGGACUCGCCCCUGCUGCAAUUGUUUCCUCUAGGGGUUCUGACAACUCGGUGCUCAAAUCUCUUGAUGCGAACCGACCGCUCAGGCCUACUUACCCUUUGAUUGGGGCUAAUUCCACAAAGGAGAACAAUAACCCAGAUGUUGAUGGCUACAUUAGCAAUCCCUACUUGUCCAUAGCUAUGGCUAGGGACUCGCUGAGGCAACGAGAAGAGGCCAAGAAGAAGCAGGCCGAGCUUACAGAAUUGGAGAACGAGGCCAAUGAGCUGAAGCAGAAGAACGAAGAGGAGCGGGUGGCCAUCCAGGACUUGGAGGCCCUCCUAAUCAAGAGGAGGCGGCGAGUUGAGAAGUGCCGUCGCUUGUCAGAGGCUCAGUCCAACUACAAGGCAGUGCUGGAGAAGAUGAUCAGAGAUGCCAUGCACCAGUCCGUUGUGUACAAGGAACAACUUAGGGUGAACCAAGCUGCAACCAGCACUCUCAUGGCCAGAUUGGAGGCCCAAAGAGCAAUGUGUGACUCAUCUGAAACCGAGCUCCGGAAGAAGUACCAACAUAGAGAUGAUUUGGAGAGGCAGAUAAAGCCAGAAAGGAAGAGGUAUCGUGUUGAUGAUGGAUUGCUCGAGGAGAGGCACAGUGAGAGUGUAAAAUAUCUUUCAGCAAGAAGAUUGAGGAGUAGCCCUCUCAAGCAGGAACUGAGGGUUUUCCUGGAGGAAUAUCAGAGGAAUUCAGAUGCAUACAUUUCACUAGGCGAAGAAGAAAUUGGAGAAGGAACUUCAACACGUACUCCAGCAUUCGAAAAUGCCAGAAAUGAACCAUUGAAGGUGCUAAACUUCCCGAGGAGGUCUCUUUCCAUUGAACAGAACACUGUAGAUACUGAAAGAGGCAGAACACUGGUGCGGGAGAAGCUAGAAGAGUUGGCCAUCAAAGAACGGCAACAUAGCAGGAGACGGGAAAGAAGAGAGACCAUGAGAUCGAGGGGAACUGGUACACCUAUAAGAUCAAGAGACAACAAGGCUAAAGUGACCAUGCAGAAGUGCUACAAGUCUGAAUCUGAGAGAUAUCAUGCCAGUGAGACAGUUUCAGUACCGAGGACCUCAUCACUUCCAAGUCCACCCUAUAGAGCAACGGGCAUGUAUGGAACUUCCAGAUAUGGUACAGAUCAGUCAAUGCUACUACAAAAGAGUGAAGCACUUCACCACCGAGGUUUUAGCAGACCAGAAGAUGAUGAAAACAUGGACCAUGUUGGCAAAGGAAAUGUGGAUAAGUGGCUCCAUAUGCUCAUGGAUAACCAACAAGAAGAUCAUGCUGUAUACCAUUCUUCAGAUGAACACGAUAAUGACGAGGAGAAUGCUUCAGAUGAGCAGCAAAUGCAGAGCCGAAUUGACGAAGAGAGCUGCAGGAAUGGGAUAACUGAAUGUUCCGAUGAGAUUGUUGAGGUUGAGGACGAGAUUGUUUCUGACCAGGGAGCAGAAAGAGGCAGAAACAGCUUUGGAAUUAAAGACAGAGAGGAAAAGAAGAUUUGGUUCCCUAGGUCUGACAGCACCAGGGGUUUCCGGUCACUGCCAUCAUCACCCUCCAAGAUCCUGGGAAUGAGAAGAGGUGUGGAAUGCAUGGGCAGGAAGCCUAAGGUGGCUGGUGACAAUGACUGCAGAUAUGGCUAUGAGGAUUCAGUGUCCACAAGCAGCAGCAAGUUCCUCAGCAGAUGCAAGCAGGCAAUCAAGAAAGCAGUACACAAAUAG